GAAUUCAAAUGUAAUACAGCCUCGGUGAAUGUUCUGCGCGCGAGGAAUACAGACAUUGAGCGCGGCACAUAAAACACAAGGGCUGUCUGUGGAGGCUGUACAUUUCUCUCUUAUAUUGCGAAGAAAUUCUUGCUCAUAGUGAUAAAAUGUGGAACCAAGGGUCGUACGGAGAGGCAAGUAUGGCUGGUGGAUACACUCAGUCUCCAGGGGGCUUUGGCUCACCUGCUGCUUCCCAAGGAGGAGAGAAAAAAGGGAGGACACGGGCACAGCAGAUAGUCCCCUGCACAGUGUCACAGCUCAUGUCUGCAGCCCAGGCGGAGGAUGUCUUCAGAGUAGGCGAGGUGGAGGUUGUUCAAGUUACUAUUGUUGGAAUCAUCAGAAGCACAGAUAAAUCCAUGACUAACAUUCAGUACAAAGUGGAUGACAUGACGGCAGCCCCCAUGGAUGUGAAGCAGUGGGUAGAUACAGAGGAUCCCAGUGUGGACAGCUCAGUCAUUCCUCCAGACACAUAUGUCAAGGUCUCUGGCAACCUGCGUUCUUUUCAGAAUAACAGGUCUUUGGUGGCAUUCAGUGUACGGCCAUUAGAGGACAUGAAUGAGAUCACUUCUCACAUGCUGGAGGUCGUACAGGCUCAUUUGCUGCUGAGCAAACCACAGACCAUGACAGGGGGCGGAGGAGGAGGUAGCAUGAACAGCAGCAUGGUGCCUAUGUCCCGCCCUGGCCAGGGUGGCGUGGGCGUGAGUGGGGGUUACUCUGGUGCCAAUGCCAUGGCCAAUAAUGGAUUAAACCCUAAUCAAAAUCAGGUUUUAUGUCUGAUAAAGAGCUGUCCAGAACCUCAAGGGAUCAGCAUACAGGAGCUAAAACAAAGACUAAGCGGCAUGAGCAUGACUAUAAUCAGGCAGGUUGUGGACUUUCUCAGCAAUGAAGGACACAUCUUUUCUACUAUCGAUGAGGACCACUUCAGAUCAACCGAUCAAGAGGCCUAAGGACCAUCUAUCAUCUUUAAGCACUGCAACAGUAAACCAUCUCUAACUGCCUGCUAAUGAUAAAACUAGAUUAAUCUAUGCUAGCACACGAUGUAACAUUUGAGGCAGUGCAUAUCAUCAGUGCUAGGAAUACGUUGUGGCCAGAAAAUGGUCGGCCUGACAGGUGUUGAACAAAGCAACAUUUAAGAUGCGAGGUUAUUCAUGCAGGCCUCUCAACAGUUCAUGUAGUUUGUGAGGGAAAUAAUAAACUCUUUUGGUACACAUUUUAAUAUUAAUGUACACAGUGUACUUUAAAGACAUUUCUAUCCUUAAAUAAAUUGUUAAUUUGUAACAGUCUUUACAAAUUUUCUUUUUUAGAUGUUACAAUUUGUUUAUUUUUCUUAUUGCCUAAUAAAAAAGAUUAAAACAG